GUUGGCGGAGGAGGAGGAGGAGGAGGGCGAGGGCGGCGGGGCUCUCCUCACGGCUGCUUGGAAGGGGGGCCUGGGGCCGGUCAUGGCGCUGAGACCUGACCCGGGAGGAAGAUGAAUAAGGGCUGGCUGGAGCUGGAGAGCGACCCCGGGCUCUUUACACUCUUAGUAGAGGAUUUUGGUGAGUAUAAUAAUAGAGUGAUGGAUGAAUUUGCCUGGGCCUACUUAUCCCCUGUGCUAACUGUACUGUAUCUUGUAGGUGUUAAGGGAGUACAGGUGGAAGAAAUUUAUGAUCUACAGAGCAAAUGCCAAGGGCCAGUCUAUGGGUUCAUCUUCCUUUUCAAAUGGAUUGAAGAGCGCAGAUCUCGACGGAAGGUUUCUACUCUGGUAGAUGAGACAUCGGUAAUUGAUGAGGACAUUGUCAAUAACAUGUUUUUUGCUCAUCAGCUGAUCCCCAAUUCUUGUGCCACACAUGCAUUGUUGAGCGUCCUCCUAAACUGCAGCAGUGUUGAACUGGGGCCUACUCUAAGCCGAAUGAAGGAGUUCACUAAAGGCUUUAGUCCAGAGAGCAAAGGUUAUGCCAUUGGAAAUGCUCCAGAAUUGGCCAAGGCACACAACAGCCAUGCUAGGCCUGAGCCGCGGCAUUUGCCAGAAAAACAGAAUGGGAUCAGUGCUGUCCGGACCAUGGAAGCAUUUCACUUUGUUAGCUAUGUCCCCAUUAAGGGACGGCUCUUUGAACUGGAUGGGCUGAAGGUUUAUCCCAUUGACCAUGGGCCUUGGGCAGAAGAUGAGGAAUGGACAGACAAAGCUAGAAGAGUAAUAAUGGAGCGGAUUGGACUUGCCACAGCAGGGGAGCCAUAUCAUGAUAUCCGCUUUAACUUGAUGGCAGUGGUGCCUGACAGAAGGGUGAAGUAUGAAUCCAAGCUACAGAUCCUGAAAAUGAACCGACAAACUGUAUUAGAGGCUUUGCAGCAGCUAAUCAGAGUGACUCAACCAGAGUUGGUCCACACCCAGAAAGCUCAAGAAUCCCAGGCUGCUGAGGAAUCCAAGUCCACCAACAGCAAGACCUCUUCUACUACAGUGGAACUGGGUAGAGUACAGCUGGUGCCGGAGAGCUCACAGGCAGAGAGUGUGGAGGAUUCAGGAGGCCAGGAUCAUCCUGCCCCAACUCAGAGCCCUACAAGCAAGUCAAAGCUGGGAAUUAAACCCCCCAUGAGUGCUGUAAAUGGAGCACUGCCAAACCCCAGUCCCAUUGUGCAGAGGCUUCCAGCUUUCCUGGAUAACCACAACUAUGCCAAGUCCCCCAUGCAGGAGGAAGAGGACCUUGCAGCUGGGGUGGGUCGGAGCAGGGUCCCAGUGCGACAUCAUCAGCAAUACUCUGAUGAUGAAGAUGACUAUGAUGAAGAUGAGGAAGAGGAAGUGUGCAGUGCUAAUCCUACCAUAAGUUACAAGCGGAAAGGCCCAGUGAAGCAGGAGCACCUUGUGGGAAGCGCGGACGGCCAGCUCUCUAUGCUCCAGCCCAACACAAUUAAUGUCCUCACCGAGAAGCUGAAGGAGACCCAGAAAGACCUCUCCAUCCCUUUGUCUAUCAAGACCAGCAGUGCAGGCGCUGCGGUUGCGGUGGUUGCCCAUUCCCAGCCCUCUCCUACCCCUAGCAACGAGAGUACGGACACUGCCUCCGAGAUUGGGAGCGCCUUCAAUUCCCCGCUCCGCUCCCCUAUCCGCUCCGCCAAUCCCACGCGACCCUCCAGCCCUGUCACUUCCCACAUCUCCAAGGUGCUCUUUGGGGAGGAGGACAGCCUGCUGCGCGUGGACUGUAUGCGCUACAAUAGGGCGGUGAGGGACUUGGGCCCUAUCAUUAGCACUGGCUUGUUGCACCUCACAGAGGAUGGCGUUUUUGGCUCCCUGAGUAUUGCAGAUGGUGGGAAAAGCACGUCUCCUUCUAGCAAAGCAAGUGAAGAGGUUUCUUCUGUUGUAAAACUGGAAGAAAGAGACUCAAACGAGCCAGAUGAAAGCAAGGAGAAGGCUGGGACAGCCCGGGCUAGUGAUCCUCCUGGUGGGGAAAAGUAUUCGCCUAAAGAGCUGUUGGCACUGCUAAAGUGUGUAGAAGCUGAGAUCGCCAAUUAUGAAGCUUACUUAAAGGAGGAAGUAGAGAAAAGGAAGAAAUUCAAGAUUGAUGACCAGAGGAGAACUCACAAUUAUGAUGAAUUCAUAUGUACUUUUAUAUCCAUGCUGGCGCAGGAAGGCAUGUUGGCUAGCCUUGUGGAGCAGAACAUCUCUGUGCGUAGACGACAAGGGGUCAGCAUUGGGCGUCUCCACAAGCAGCGGAAACCUGACCGACGGAAACGUUCCCGGCCUUACAAAGCCAAGCGACAAUAGCGUCAGUUGGACAGUUCUCUGUUCUUUGCUUGCCACUCCAAUAUUCAGAUUUCAGAAACGUCCCUGCCGGGGCAGUGCUCAGGAGGGAGGCGUUAUACUGAAAUUCUCUAUUCAAAUCAUCAGUGUUAGUAUAAGGUUACAUGUAAAUCCUCCUGCGUUCAACUGGUCUUUAGAUGUUUUAUGUUCCAACAUAUUCUGCCCACACCUCCACCCUGGGCCUCUAGUAUAAGGAGCAGGACCACUUGUGAUACCUACUGGCACCAUUCCUAAGUCUACUGUUCGGUGUCCUUGAUCCUUCUGCAAUAUACCUUGCAGUAGCCAUUGGCAUUCUUCAGAGACUUUCUGUGAAGACUCCUUAAAAAUGGAUAAGCCAAAUUGCUUCUAUCCUCUAGAAGGCAUAGCUGGAGAUGAUGUAGUAUUGAGUGCAGUUUUCCCAGAGAGUAGAAAUCUGUACAUUUCCUUCCCGAUGCUUUUGACUUUGUAAGGUCUGCUUUUGUAUUAAAUGGUCUCUCCCUAUCCCAAGCUCUAGUAUCACAAUAAGAGAGUACAAGGGGCUCCUGCUGUUGUCUGUGUGUGAAGGGAUCCUGUCCAGUUCUGAGUUGGACUCCUUAGCAAGUGUUCAUCAGGUCCGGCUAUCAAUUGUCUUGACUUUUCUGCCGAUAGUUUCUUUUUCUUUAAGUGCUGUGCUAGCAGAGAGGAGUUUCCAUUACAACCAAAGUAUGACCUUGUGGUGGGAGUGUUGCACACACAUUUUAUAGACCUUGUAUUACAAGUGCUGCUUUCUGGUAUAUAUGUGGAAACCAUGCGCACAAAGUAACCUGAGCAAGGAAUUCAUUUGAGAUAAUUUUUCAGAUUUGAUGUUGGAGCUCAAAAGCUCUAGCCUCAGAAAGUUGCUUGCUCUUGUUCAAAUUCUGUUGAAUAAAAUGUCUUUUUUAUGAAGUUAAACAAUCUGAGACAAGUGGAUAUCAUCUGAUGCCCUGUAUAGCGCUAGAAGUCACACAGUGGCGUUUGCUGUAUUCUGCCCCAUCCGCUUGUAUAAAAUCAUUAGAACAACAUUUGGAAAAAUGUAUUGGGAUGGAGGGUUAAUUUAGGUGGAUAGGGAUCAUGGUAGUGGUCUAUCCAUGUAAUUCCUUCAUCUGUAUAUUUUAGGAGAAAGGUGGGAAGAAGCCAUGAGGAAGCAGCUGUUCAUCUGUUGCCAGUAACUAGUCCUUUACUUUGCUUCUUAAAACUGAAGCAAACUUUCCAAGUAGUCAUGCAUUAGGACACUGGUACCAAGAGAUUUGUCGUUGUUUUGUGCUGUCGAAUUGCCUCUGACUGAUGGCAGCCCUAGGAAUGAGUGACCUCCAAAAUGCCCUAUCAUUAACAGUUCUGCUCAGCUCCUGAAAAGUCAAGACUGUGUCUUCCUCUGUGGAGUCAAACCAUUUCACAUUUUGGUUUCCCUCUUUUCCUACUGCCUUGAGCUUUUUCUAGUACUAUUGUCUUUUCCAACAAGCCCUGUCUUCUCAUAAUGUGCACAAAGUACAUCACCUCAGUUUAAUAAUUCAGGCUUCAUGUGAUCUAGGGCCAAAUUGUUCAUUUUUCUAGCAGUCUGUGAUACCUGCAAAGCUCUCCUUUGGCACCAUAUUUUGAAGUCAUCAACUUUUUUCCUGACAUUUUUCUUUCCUGUAAUUUUAAACACAGCAGUAUGGAUGAUCUUGCCUUGGUCUCCAGGGACAUGUUCUUAAAUUUAACGAUCCUUUCUAGCUCCUUCACAGCUGCCCUUCUGAGUCUCAGACUUCUUGGCUGCUGUCUCCAUUUGGACUGAUGACUGAACAGGUAUACAAAAUCUUUUCACAAUUUCAGUUUUUCUUCAUUGUCAACAUUAAACUGAUGUAGUUCUUCCGUAGUCAUGUUUUUUGUUUCUUUAAUGUUCACCUGCAGUCCCAGAACAUUCUUCUUUCAUUAAGAGACUGCAGGUUGAUAAUUCAGAAAAGCAGGUUUGCAUUUGAGUCCUUGGAGAGCAAAAUGUGGCUGGUGAGAAAUCUGAAGGCAGUAUUUUGCCAUCAUUGUUCAGAAAUGGCCAAGGGGAAAGGGACACAUCAUCACUGUCAGAGUGGUAUUCUGAGGUUGGGGCAGCUGGAGCAUCACUUUGUGGAUGCUACCUUACCAACUGCUGGGUUCUGCAGCAGCCAUGAACCGCUAUUGCCCGCUUACAGCCAACCUCAGUCUCCCAAUUUGUCUCCUUUGUCUCUCACAGGCAGUUUUCUGCUGCAAUGUGAGAGAUUAUUUGGCUUGCCAGUGGGGAAGUUCUUUAGCUGUCAUGGCUGUCUCCUUUCCCUUACAUAUGCUGGUUUACAGUAUUUUGUUACUACAGAUGGGAAUGAAUUGCUGGUUCAGCAGUAUGUUAAUUGGCUGAAUAGUUGAUCCAUGGCUUGGCACCCGGCACCCUCUGGCAGGCGCCUACUUGGAAGCAGCGCCUGGUGGAGGCUGGCAGGGUGCUGCCGCUUUGUAGCCUGUGAUAGUGGACAUUGUGGUUGAUGGUCAGAUCCAAGCAUUUGUGUCUGGAAAGGGUUGCAGUCCCAUCAACGUAUGGAGAGCCACAUAUUCCCCGGCUUGCUUCUACAUUGGGGUGAGCCCAGUGUGGUCCUUGGGCCACAUGUAGCUCCCAAGGCUGGUUUGGCAACCCUUACACCUCAUCUACCAAAAAUUGCUCCCACCAAAGAGCAGGGGUGUGUCUGCUUCUGGAGACUUCUGAGAGUUGGGGUUUACUUUUCAAGCGGGUUGCAGUUUUCCCCUUGACCUAUAUCAAAGUAAUAAUUUUUGAGAUCUAAGAGCACAUUUUAGAUUUAUGCUGCAAGUCAUGUUCAGUUUUGUUAUUUUUUUAAAAAAUUCAAUCUGUAUUCUGUACAGAAUAGUGGUUUGUGUGGGUCUGUGAAAAAUUCCCACAUCUUUUCUGAAUCCUGCUAGCCGGCAGUCACAGGGCAUUGCUGUUUUUGGAAGAUUUUGUUCCAUCACACUUUCUUUUUGAGUUCAGUUAGAGGUUUCCAAAUAGAGACAACAGCUGUGGAGUGUAAGGGCAGUGGUUUCUGAGAGGAUAAUCAUGGCGCUGAAUGCAGAACAGCAUUUGCUUUCUCUGCAAAUAUGUACAGACGGCUUUUUGUAUCUAUGGACAGAAUCAUCUGUCUUUUGCUUCAUCAAUUUCAAGUGCUGUAAAUACCAAUUUUGUUUUUUUAAAAAUAAAAAUGUAUACUUCUUGCCUCCAA